AUGGAAUCCAUCACCAAGGAAACAAGAUUCAACGAGCUUCCACAGCAGAUAAAGCAGAAGCUUAUCAACAUAUACAGAAGCUCCCAUCAGCAAUAUUUGUCCAUGGAAAUGCUGAAGCCGACCAAGUUUAAUCUUUUAUAUUCACAGACACAAGAUUUACAGACAAGGAACCUGCAGAAAAAUUUUAAGCUUCUUGUAGAGAGUGCAGAGAAGCUGAAGAGAAUGUGGAAUCUCAACAAGGAUGAGGUGGAUUUUCGGUAUCUGCAUGAGAGCCUGAAGAAGGCAUUAGAGGAGCUUAAUGAGGAAGUGAUGCUGUACAAGAAGAAUGAGGAAAGUAGAGAGUUUCUUGAUGAGAUCAUGAUGACGUAUGCAAUGCUCAGAAAUAAGCUUGAAAACCUUACAAAAGAAAAAAGAAUGUAG